CAACUCUCCAUCACCGUACCGAGAGCGUCAUAAGACAGCUCUCUGUAUUCGCUUCCUCUAAUUCCUAAGCAACGGGGCUAAUUCCGCUGCAAAGGCGACAAUAAUUCGAAUAAGUGCCGACGCUCAACGAGAGCUCAUUCCCAUUCUGCUGCAACUACAUCGGCUAGCGCCAACAGUAUGGCUGCCAACGGUGUGAACGGAACGAUCGAGACGGUCGAGGAUGUUAUCAAAGGGGCUUCGAAGUACAACGCUGUACCCCUAUGGCCUCAGAUGGUGAAGUACAAUCCUCCAAAACCGAAUCCCCGAUGCAUUCCGCAUAUCUGGCGAUAUCACCAAGUACGACCAUAUCUUGUAAGAGCAGGAGAACUUGUGAAAGAGAAGGAUGCAGAAAGGCGAGUUUUGAUGUUGACUAACCCUGAGAGAGAAGGACCAUACACAACCGACACACUGUACGCCGGUCUUCAGCUUGUUAUGCCUAAUGAGACUGCUCCUGCUCAUCGCCAUACCGCAUUUGCUAUGCGCUUCGUAAUCGAAGGAAAUGGUGGCUUCACUGCUGUUCAUGGCAAGCGCAUCCAGAUGAACCGCGGCGACGUCAUACUCACGCCCACCUGGAACUGGCACGAUCAUGGCAAGGAUGGAUCUGGUCCUAUGAUAUGGCUGGAUGGGUUAGACUUGCCUUCAUUCGUGCACUUCCCGGUGCACUUCGUCGAGCACUUUGAUCAGCCGCGGUAUCCUGCGGAAGAUGUGGAUACCAGUCAGAGCCCGAUUGUGUUCCCGUGGCAAAGAAUGAAGAAGCAGUUGGAUGAGGAAGAGGGCGACUGGGCAGCGAAGGAGUAUCGGAAAGCGGAUGGGAGCUACGUGAGCAAAACGCUCGGUCCUUCGGCGGAACGCAUCAAUGCAGGGAAGUCAUCUCAGCCUCGCCGCGAGACGACAUCUUGCGUCUACCAUGUCAUUGCCGGAACUGGACAUUCCCAGAUUGGGGAACAGAAAUUCGAGUGGAAACAGGGCGACACGUUUUGCAUUCCCUCGUGGUAUCGGUAUCAGCAUUUCGCUAGUCCGGAUGAGACGGUGUAUUUGUAUCGAUUCGAUGACAAGCCUAUGAUUGAAGCUCUUGGGUUUUAUCGUUUGGAGGGUAUGGAUACGGAGACCCUCGUUACUUAGAGUAUCUUCGCAGGUGGAAUGCAAGCCGCUCCUGGUGGGACUAGAACUCAGAAUGCGCCUAGACCAG